CUCUUUUUCACAUCUUAUCGACACUCUUGUGCCCCAUUCCAGGACCACUCUCUAACCAGCUCGAUAGAAGAAUGACCGAGGCGAAGCCCUACGACAUCAAUUCGCUCAAAGUAAACCCAGCACAGGUGCUCGAUUCGUGCAGCGCCCGGCAGGUGUGCGACGGGUGCGGGCGGCGGAUGAAGUUCUUCUGCUACUACUGCUACAAGCCCGUGGCGGACAUUGCCGGCAAGGUGCCGCAGAUCCGGCUUCCGUUCAAGCUGACGGUGCUCAAGCACCCAGGUGAAAACGACGGCAAGUCCACGGCACUGCACGCCAAGGUGAUUGCGCCUGAGGACGUGCAGGUCACGAUUUACUCGGAGGACGUCCUGUCGGAGAUUGACACGGAGCGCACGGUGCUGCUGUUCCCGGGACCCGACGCGACCGACAUUAGCGAGGUAGACCCGGCGUCGUACGACCAUGCAAUUGUCAUCGACGGUACGUGGCAGCAGGCGCGCGGUAUGGUGCGCAAGGACUCAAAGUUGCACAAGAUCCCCAAGGUCACGAUCAAGCCACGCAAGACGCGGUUCUGGCGGUUCCAAAAGUAUGACGAGAGCUAUCUGGCAACGAUCGAGGCGAUUUACUUUUUGUACCGCGACAGCAAGGGAGAGGCGUACGAGGGCGAGUACGACGCACUGAUGUACUUUUACAAGUACUUCUACGACCUGAUCCAGAACGACUACGCGGCGAACACGCACAAGACGUUCACGCACCGGCACCAGGAAGGGUAUAUCUCGUACGAGACGGCCACACCACGGGCUAUUCCGCGGACAUCGGAUGGGAAGCAGUGGGAGGGCAGUGGAAUCCAACUUGAGGACGCUGGUGUCUCUCUGGGCGAAAUGCUCCAAGAUACCGGCGCAGAGUAACAGCUAAACGGGAAAAUAAAUGUUUAUUUC